AUGAAAUACAUCCAACUACUGCUAGGUAGGGCUGGCUGCCUUAGUGUGAACAGAGUUGGCUUGUUUGGAGGGCUUGCCCUCCGUUGGCAACAUGGGAUGGAUAUAACGAUUCGUUCUUCACGCCAUGUCAUAUUGAUGCCAUCAUUGGAGUUUUGGAGCCAACUGCAUUUAGUGUACUGGUUUUUAUGGAAACCCAAAUAUGAUCUACACAAGCAUUCGUGGGAUCUGUUACGAAGGAUUGUAGGUGAUGUGAUUGGCCGAUGGCUGGUGGUUGGUGAUUUUAAUGAAAUCGUUGCGGCACAUGAGUAUUUAGGCCGUCUCACUUCUAAUUGUUUGAAUCAAAUUGAACUGCAGGCAAAGAAAGUAAAUUAA